UUCACACUUGUAGUGCGCUCUGCCCAAGCGAUCUGUCCUGCCAUUGCUGGGCUCUUUACCACAGCCAGCGGACUGGAGUGUGUAUGUGGUGUGUAUGUGAGGACCAAUAAACACACACCAGACCAGUACUGCUGCUCCAGCUUCAGACAGACAACAGAACUGAUACCAGAGCUAUACUGUAGCAUUCGGCUGGUGUUCAAGACUGGGCUUUUUGGAUCUGAAGAUAUGUUCUAUCCUCCCUGUUUUGGAUUGGAAUAUAUUCUAUUUUACAGACUGCUUUUCUAGGGAGGAUAUUUAUUUGUUUUUUUACUUCUUGGUUCAUUCAGGAGAGAACCAACCAAUGCAGAAUAGUGUGGGUACAGGAAUAGAAGCAGGACACAGCAUGGUCCAGAGAGCAGGUGUGUGGCCAUAAGGGAACAAGCUACUACGAGGCUGGGCCUGGGAGAAGCGAUCCUACCAUUGUCUUGUCGUCCACGGGUCUCCUGAGGAGUACGUACCACUCUGUUACUGGAGUAUCUAGAACUUCCCUAGCCCUGGAUUCAUGGAAAACGGCAUUCUGUGUUUCCUGCAAGGCUGGAGUACAUAAGUGAUACAGCCCUGGAGUGAGUCUUUGGAAGCAGGGAUUAAUAGAGAAGAUUUCAACAUACAUCUCCAUCUGCUGGACGGGGAAAGGAUUCUUGUGUGGCUGCAGAAGGAUUAUUUACGGAUCCUUCAGGGUUCCUGAGUGAUCACACUGCCAGACUACACCAGACGCCACAACCUCCAAACAAGAUGACCGCCCAAUGCAAGAACUUCCUCCUCUUCCUGACCAGAGUAGGACUACUCCUGGGUCUGGCUAACCCUCUGGUGACCUCAGCCUCCUGCCCCUCGGCCUGCCGGUGUGAUGGGACCUUCAUCUACUGUAAUGAUCGAGGCCUCACCUCUAUUCCUACCGGCAUUCCGCUGGAUGCUACUGUACUCUUCCUCCAAAACAACAGGAUCAAGAGUGCUGGUAUUCCCACCGACCUGAAGAGGCUAAGCAAUGUUGAGAAGAUCUAUCUGUACUGUAAUAAUCUGGACGAGUUCCCCCAAAACCUGCCGAUAGGAGUCAAAGAGCUGCAUCUACAGGAGAAUAAUAUUCGGAUGAUUACGCAUGCAUCGCUGGGUCAGAUCCCACUGAUCGAGGAGCUACACCUGGAUGAUAACUCUGUCUCAGCGGUUAGCAUCGAGGAGGGAGCGUUCAGGGACAGCAACCACCUGAGAUUACUUUUUCUGUCCAGGAACCACCUGAGCACCAUCCCGUCCGGCCUUCCGCAGACCAUCGAGGAGCUGCGCUUCGACGACAACCGGAUCUCGUCGAUAUCGGAGGCGUCCCUCCAGGACCUGAUCAACCUAAAGAGACUCGUCCUGGACGGGAACCUACUCAACAACCGUGGCAUCGGCGAGAUGGCCUUCAUCAACCUGAUUAAUCUCACCGAGCUGUCCCUGGUGAGAAACACACUGACGUCUCCGCCGGCUAACUUACCGGGAACCAGUCUUGAAAAAUUGCAGCUCCAAGACAACCACAUUAACCGGGUACCGGCCGGGGCUUUCGCUUUCCUCAGGCAGCUGUAUCGACUGGAUCUAUCGGGCAACAACCUGAGCAGUCUGCCUCAAGGAGUGUUUGAAGACCUGGAUAACCUCACGCAGCUCCUGCUCCGUAACAACCCAUGGCAGUGUACUUGCCGGAUGAAGUGGGUGAGAGACUGGUUAAGGUCGCUGCCGACAAAAGUCAACGUUCGAGGGUUUAUGUGCCAGGGGCCGGACAAGGUGAAGGGCAUGGCUAUAAAGGAUCUGUCUACUGACUUGUUUGACUGUGGAGGCUCUGACUUGGGCGGGAGCCAGGGGGCCCCUACCUUCGAGACCAGCACCGUCUCUAACACCUUACCCCCCUCACAUCCACAAUGGCCCUCCUUUGUCACUAAAAGACCAGUGGUGAAAAUGCCUGAACUGAGUAAGAACCACCGCAGUACUACGACACCAUCAGGUAGAAAGAUCAUCAGGAUCAGCGUGAAGUCGAGCAGUGCAGAGACAGUGCACAUCUCCUGGAGGGUUUCUGUACCCAUGACUGCCCUAAGGCUCAGCUGGUUAAAACUGGGCCACAACCCUUCAUUUGGUUCCAUCACGGAGACCAUCGUACAGGGGGAGAAGACGGAGUACCUCCUAACAGGUCUAGAACCGGAAUCCUCAUACAGGAUAUGCAUGGUUCCCAUGGAGACCAGCAACAUUUACCUGUCGGAUGAGACGCCGGUUUGCAUUGAGACAGAGACCAGUUCUCUGAAGGCCUACAACCCCACCACCACUCUGAACCGCGAGCAGGAAAAGGAGCCUUACAACAAUUCCAGUCUGCCUUUAGCCGCGAUCAUCGGAGGGGCUGUGGCUCUGUUGGCAAUGAUAAUGCUGGCGAUCGUGUGCUGGUACGUGCACAGGAAGGGUUCGCUGUUUUCCAGGAAUUGCACCUACAACAAGGGCCGACGGAGGAAGGACGAUUACGCAGAGGCGGGGACGAAGAAGGAUACCUCGAUCUUGGAGAUACGAGAGGCCUCUUUCCAGAUGAUCCCUAUACACCCCGUGCCCGUGUCCAAAGAGGAGUUUGUGAUACAUACCAUUUUCCCUCCGAAUGGAUUGAGUCUGUACAAAAGCCCGCACAGCGAGACCAGUAUUAGCAACAGGAGCUACAGAGACAGUGGAAUACCUGAUUCAGACCACUCCCAUUCAUGAUAUUGAUAACGCAGAACAUUUUAUUAUAAAUGAGUGCGUUCGGUGAUGACUUGAAACUAAGUGGCUAUAAGACAUUGUUAUAAAACACUGGAUCUAAAAGACUGAUUGGGAAAGCAAUGUUCUUCUGUACAUUUGCCCAUAUAAUUUAUAUUUAAGGACAUUUUAUGACGAAGAGGAGAACAAACAUGGUUCACAUUGCAGACAGUAGGCCCAUCACUGAGCCGCAGGUCAGUGUAUGUUGUAAUUAAAACUGCAAUUCUAUAUUUUAGGGGUUUUUAGUAAUUUGUACUGUAUUUCCUUUGGCUUAAGGUUACCUAACAACCAAGUAUAAAAAACUAACUCUGUUCUACUGAGAUAUGAUGACUUGUCAACUGUGAAAGUGGGUUUUCAUUGCUGUGUUGAACAAUCAGACUUGUAGAAUAAAGCACAGGUCAUUCCUUUCACACUCUUUUUGUGGCUGUUCGAUAACAACAAAAAGGCAAAAGAAAUGACAUGAUGAUCAAAACUAGGGCACAGCUGAUUAACUAAGAAGAACCAGGGCGAAGCAGCGAGACAGCAGGCGUGUUGCCUUCUUCCUCUGAGGAGAGACAAGCAGAGAGCAGUCGCCUAAAUGUACCUAGCCAGAGAGACCCAGAGGGGUGUAUCUCUGGAAACAUGGACUAGAUAUGGAGGUGUCAUGCUUUACAUCUUUGCUUUGUUCAGUGUGUGGAUUCAUUUAGUUUUUCUGUUUGGGAAAUACAGAAACAGAGACAGCACAGGUAGAACACGUUUGUGUGUGUGUGUGUGUGUGUGUGUGUGUGUGUGUGUGUGUGUGUGUGUGUGUGUGUGUGUGUGUGUGUGUGUGUGUGUGUGUGUGUGUGUGUGUGUGUGUGUGUGUGUGUGUGUCUGCACGUGUCCUUGUGAUUGUGCUUGCGAGCGUGAGUGAGUAUGUGUAUGUGUGUCAAGCAGUCCUGUAGAACACAGCACAGGGCAUAUGAAGCACACAGACCUUUAGGGGAGGAGAGGAGACCUUCUCCUAACAUAUUAACCCAUGUAGGGUGGCCAGGUUGACAACCCCCCUAUAUCUCUAUCUGGCUAAACUACAAUGGAUGCCAUUCUCCAGUACCUUGUACCAUAACUUGGCCCUCAAACAUAGCCUAGAUAUAAACAGGGCAAGAAAAAAGGACGUAGAGAAAAAAAUGGCUUUCCUUUGAAUACAAACGUCACCGAUUUCCUUGUUUAUGAUUAUGAUUUUGUAUUUUGUAUUUUUUUCCAGAUUGAAGACACUACUACUUCUAUGUUACCACAAUUUCAAAGUUAAUUGUUCUUUACAAAGUUGCUCAUGGAUUCUUGAAAGUCGGGACAAUUGUCCCAUCUUUCAAGAAUUCCUGAACUGAAAACCAAAGUGCAUUGAAUGCUCUUUGGCCCAGUCUUGUAUGUGCCUUGAUCUAAUGCUUAUUGUAUUUAGCUUUUUAAGAAAUCAGUGACUUUUUUUCAUACACACUUGAAUAUGAGAAAAUAUUGGUCAUAUUGCAGAAUAAAAGUGGAUAAAAAUACCAA